CGCGUUGCGGUCGCCGCGGCCGCUCCUCUCGUUUGCCCGUCUCUUUUCUCCGUCGCUCUCGGACGAGCCACGUUGCACGCCAGCCCAGCCCUUUCAAAGAUGUCUCAACGCGAGCGCACCUUCAUUAUGGUGAAGCCGGAUGGCGUCCAGCGGGGACUCGUCGGCGACAUCAUCCAGCGGUUCGAGCGACGCGGCUACAAGCUGGUCGCCAUGAAGUUCAUGCAGGCGAGCGAAGAACUGCUGCUGAAGCACUACGCCGACCUGGCCGGCCUCCCUUUCUUCAACGGCCUCGUCAAGUUCAUGCAGUCCGGCCCCGUCGUGCCCAUGGUGUGGGAAGGCAACAACGUGGUGCUCACUGGCCGCGAUAUGAUCGGCGCCACGGACCCGCUCAAGGCGGCACCCGGCACCAUCCGCGCCGAUUUCUGCGUCCAAGUUGGUCGCAACAUUAUCCACGGCAGUGACUCCCUGCCCAGCGCCGAGAAGGAGAUCGCGCUAUGGUUCAGCGAGAAGGAGCUGAUCAACUGGAAGCCACAGAUCGAGCCCUGCGUCUACGAGUAACUCACCACGCUUUUGUUAUCCGACUAAUAAAUAGUGUAUUUUCGAACCGUA